AACAGAAAACACAAAGAACCAAAUCUUUUUUUUCUUAAAUCCAAAUUCAAAUUUUAAUCGGGCAUGCAAUAUCCUUACACCAGACCCGGAUUCAUCGGAGCUUCAGAUACCCAGACCCGGACCUGGUAUCAGUAUCAAGAGCCGUUGUCCCCGGAGCAAGAACUGUCAGUUAUAGUCUCCGCCUUGCAACACGUCAUCUCAGGUGAAAGCGACACGACGCCGUAUCAAGUUUUCUCCAGCGACAGCACAGUGAUAAUGCCUCGGUCAGACUCUAACACUUGUCAAGUUUGUAGAAUCGAUGGUUGUCUGGGCUGCGAUUACUUUUUCGCGCCAAAUCAGAGAAUUGAAAAGAGGCAACAUGUCGUAGUAGAAGAAGAUGGGGUUACUAGUACUAGUGGUGGAAGAGAUCGCUCCGCGAUGGCGGAAGGCGGGAAGAUAAGGAAGAGGAGGAACAAGAAGAAUGGAUACAGAGGAGUGAGGCAGAGACCUUGGGGAAAAUUUGCAGCUGAGAUCAGAGAUCCCAAGAGAGCGACACGUGUCUGGCUCGGCACUUUCGAAACCGCUGAGAAUGCGGCUAGGGCCUAUGAUCGAGCCGCUAUUGGGUUCCGUGGGCCACGGGCUAAGCUCAACUUCCCCUUUAUGGACUACACUUCUUCUCCUGUUGCAGCUGACACUAGUGCAAGUGUGAGUGCGAGUGCUAGUGUAAGCGCAGUGGACUCUGGUGAAGCAGAGCAGUGGCGUGGAGGAGGAGAGUGUGAUAUGGAUGAAUAUUUGAAGAUGAUGAUGAUGAUGGACUUUGGGAAUGGAGAUUCUUCGGAUUCAGGAAACACUAUUGCUGAUAUGUUUCAGUGAUAUGUUUCACUUGCUCUUUCUUGUUGGCUUGUUUUUAUAGUUAAGUGCAAGAGGAGUGUGACACUGGCUUGGCUUGUUCAAACUGAGCAAGAUUUUGUCAUGUAGAGUCGUUUGACUGUAUUGGGCAAAGGACAUGUAAUUAGUAGUCUCAGUUUGGUGUUUUUUUUUCUGCUUGUAAACUCUAUGUUAAGAAACUCAUCUUUGCUCUGUACUCUGAGGUAAGAAGGAUGCAAAUAAUCAAUAAACAAAGUGUCAAAUUAA